GAUUUCAUCAUUCUGGGGCCCCAAAAAUUUGGGGCCCAGCAUUUCCGUGACCGGAUCCGCCGCGCGCCAUGGGAUGUUGCCCCAAACGCUCGGAGUUGGCACGGAAGAUUGGUUUUCGCGCAUGGCUCCUCGGGACCACGCGAGGUCAUUGGUUGGUCCUCUUUAUUGCAGGAUGUUGUAUUCAGGUCCUGUGCAUGUUGGCGUGGGUUUUGUCUGGAGGUAAUCAGAAUUAUGGCACCAACCUGCGCGAAAGCUUUUGGAUAGCUUACACGCUACUGGUGGACAUUGGCACACAGACCUCCUUCUCUCCCAGUGAGCGUGGUGUUGUCAGAGCAGUGGCGGUAGUCAUCUCCAUCAUUGGUUUCGUGUAUUGUUUGCUCUUCUUGGGUAUGGUGGUGGAGCUCAUCCGUUCCUUGCUACUUCGCUGGAAGGUGAGGUAUAGCAGGGUCGAGGCCCAUGGCCAUUGGUUGAUCCUGGGUUGGGGUGACAAGACCAUUUUCCUCCUCGAGGAGCUGUUGGCCGCCCUACAGACGGAGGAGGGUAGCACUUCAUGCUGCUCUUGCUGCCGUCGGCGGCGGCGGAUCGUGGUUUUGGCGGAGCGCCCGGUGCGUGAGAUGCAGGCACAACUGCGUUUGCAUUUUCGCACCCAGGAUCCACAAGGUGCCUACAAGCGCUUGUACUGCGUCUCAUAUCGAGAAGGCUGCAAAUCGCAUCGCAUUGAGCUGAUGAAGGUUUGUGCCAGUGCUGCGGAACAUAUCCUCUGCAUGUGUUCGGCUGAGACCGACAGUAGUUCGGAUCAUGAGGCAAUUCGAACUCUACUGGCCCUUGGCGCUUUGCCGGAAGCCAUAAAGGCUGAUGUUUGGGCGGAAAUGCACAGCCGAGAAAGUGCUCGCGUGGUGCGGCAGAUUUUGCCAGCAGCACAGGGCAUCGUUGCAAGACACGCGGUGCAUCACAUGGUGGCACUACGUGCCCUGGUGCCAUCUGUGGGCUUUGCUUGGCUACGGAUGUCGACCUCAAACACACGCUCGGGAUCCAAAGUGUCGCAGCUGUUUUUGGUCAAGGCACCUCCUGCGCUCUAUGGCUAUCCCGUAAAGGACAUCUAUCGCUUCUUCCCCGAUGCGGCGGUCUGUGGGGUCAAGACUCCAAGUUCUAUGGGAGAUGAUGCGAACAAGAUGAAGGCACCCAGUCAUCACCUGGAAGAAGGAGAUGAGUUGGUGAUGCUCUCCAGCAGCCAACACGCUGCAGGUCACUGCAUUCUGCCCGAGACAUCACCAGACUUUACGACCACGUCCUCGCUGAAGGCGAAACGACGUGGAAGCAACGUGUUGAUGGACGAUGGACAGAUUCGUUUGGGUCCAGCAGCAGAUGGUCCACUCACCGUGUUGGUGAUUGGCUGUCCCGACGACUUCGUGGAUCUUCUAGAGAUCAUUGACGUCUAUGCGGCUAGCGGCAGCGAAGUGCACCUUUUGUCCACCAGAUCUUUGCAGUGGCGCGAAUCUUGCGUGCAGACGCAUCUCUCUCGCGUUGGCAAAUUGGACUUCGAGAGGAUUUCCGUCACCCAUUACGUGGGCCGACGGCGUGACACCACCGUGUUGGAACGCUUGCCGUUGGCCUCGGCAGACUGCGCCUUGAUCCUUUCCGAACGUGAAGGAGAGCAAGAGGAUGCCGUGGAUUCCGACUCCAGGAAUCUCACCAUCGCCAUCAACUUGUUCCAUGUCCUGGAAGGAAUGGCUGAUGUGAUCAAGAAAAAUCGCCAGAACAAGUAUCUCAAGAAGUGCAAGCUGGUGACAGAGAUCCAAGACCCCAAGAGCCAAGUGAUGCUGGCAGGAAACAGCAACGUCAGGAAGGUGGGAUCUUUCGUUUUCACCUCUGCCCAUGAGACUGGCGUUUUUGCCAUCGCGGUGGCCUGCAAAGAUGUCUACGAUCUCUUCAUCAAGUUGAUUGAUCCGGACCCCAAGACCAACGCGGGUAGCAUCGUUGCAACACCCGUGUCAAAAGUUCUGAUGGGUCGUAAUGAAUCAUUGUCCUUCUUUGACUUGUAUCGCAUGGUUUCUGAAGUUUGCAACGGCAGCUUGCUAGGGUGGCGUCGCUCGAAAGAGAUGCAUCCCGUGCUCAACCCGAGCAACAAGGACGUCCCUUUGGAUUGGGAGAGCCAAGGCAGAGAUGAGCUCAUCAUUUUGCUGCCACCUCCGCAUCAGGGUCAUGUAGUGUUUGAAGAGGUUCCCAAAGAGGAACCCACAGAGGAGUUAAUGAAAGAUCCCAAGGAUGCACAUCGACUGGAAACCAGUCGUUUGAGCUCCAUCACAUCGGCUCGGCAGUCGCCGGCUCAUUCAGCGGCGACCACCCGGAAGUCCAGCAAAGAGAGCGAUGCAUUGCAGGAGGAAGAGGAAGACCCGGCUCCGAUUCCUGGCAUGUUGAAAUGCCCAACGUAUGAAUCGGAGAGGGCGCAGGCAUCCUGUUCAUUAUCCCUGCCUUAUCCUCAAUAAAAA